AUGGACUUUCCCGGAGAUGCUACGACAAAUUUCAGCGCCAUUACUGGGUUCUCUGUCAUACAUUGGAGAAUAUACACCGAGGAAGCCAACACUGGCAAUCCAUCUUCGGAUAUUGCUCCGAAUAGUGGCUACAACAUCCUCCGGCACCUAAGCAGACUGAAAGACCUAGAGAUCCAAUUACGAAAUUCAGACUGUUUGGUUUCAUGCUAUCCUCGAAGGCUUGGCCUGUGGAUCUUCUCGCCGACGCCAGGUUUCGAGAGCCUCAGUCCGCUUGCUCGAGACCCCGCAGCCCAAGGGUUGAAAGAGUCAACAAAAUUAAUCAUCGGAACAUCAUCCCUUAAAGUCUCCGCAUUUGGUAGUAUCACAGCUGUAGAUCUUAUCAGAUCUCUUUCGACGGAUGGAUUCACUUCAGUUGCCGGGAAUCCUGGUCAUCCAGCAAGAUCAAUAGGUGCAGGCGUCAAUGCCCCCAGGUCCGGCGAUGCGUACGCCAAUUCCAUGGCAAUUUAUGCAUCUUUUAUUACAGCCAUGGCAGGGACUAUCGGCUUGCAACUUGUUAAGCGUCACAACGCUAUUCCUUUAGGUGCUCGGACCUUUUAUACGGCAGUAGAACGGAGUUUCUAUGAUAAUCCUAUCAUCAGCGAUGCCAAUGUGGAAUCAAUACCCGCUCUGACUACUCUAAGGAUUGAGCUUACGCAAGCUGGAAAGAUUGUCGUGGCCCUGCACACUGUUCGCCAAGAUGGAAUAUCACGCCUGAAAGAGCCUGGCACUGUUGAAAUCAGUACAGCAAAUAUCCAAAAUAACAUGGAUGUUUGGCUUGCUCCUAAUGGAACAGUUGCUCGAUUGAUCACCGUGAACAUGGCGCAGUCGGCGGUUUUUGCCCCAAAGCAAGCAAAGAGCGAAGGUGCAGCUCGGCAGAUAACGGAGGCCAAACAACGAGUGUGGAAAGCAACCGUCCUUGAAUGGUUAAACAACGUUGGACUGCCAGUAGAUCAUCCGGAGGAUGAGCAUUGGGUUGAAGUGGAAGUAUCAGAGCCGUUUUACGCACGACUUGCAGCCGAGCACUUACGUCAGAUGGAUGACAGUCAAUCGUCGUCUCCUUUGAAAAGGAUCCUCUGGCCAUCUAGGUACUGUUUUAGGAGGAGUAAGAUCGCGUCCAGCAGUAUUACCGAGAAAAUUCCUCAGCUUGCAUAUGACGGCGAAGAGCCAUUACAUUUUGCGGAAACUUGGCUAGAAACGGCUACCUCACGGCACGAGAAGCCCAAAGAUAAUUCUUCAAACAUACAAAAAAGAAGUCAGAAUGAAGCCAUUUCUGGCACAAUAAAAUUCGAGGUUCCUGAAAAGAUUGAGAGCCUCGCUCGGGUAAUUCACUACCCAGAUCUGCAAAACGCGAGUUCUGUCUAUCCAACGCCCCCAGAUGGAGCUUUAGCACCAGGCAUCAACCCAAUGAAUUCUGAUACUCUCGGACCUGACGGUCAAGAUAUAGGGUUGUCUCAUACCCCUGCUGGAGAAACCCCUAUGAAACAGCAGGAAAAUGUUCGCAAAGCCUCAAGUGACAAUCCUUCGUUCGAACACAUGAAUGUAAUGGAGGUCGGAACUGGACUUUAUGACACUAACGAUGACGAUGAGUUGUUUAGCGGGAUGAAUGACAAAGAUUUUGGAAGCAAAGGAAUCACGGAUGCUGAUUUUAGUUUCUUCGAUGAUGAUGACGACGAUGAAAUGAACGACUUUUUGAAUGAUAAGCCAGAACCCGAGCCAGCUCAACAUGACGUACUCCAGCCGAAUCCGGAUGAUUUAAUCGAUGUCCCAGUGGCUCAAGCAGAGAUCCAAAGAGACCAAUUGGCACCAGAAGAUAACGUCUUUGAGCAGGACGAAAUGCAACAGUCAAAUGAUGUCGAGGCAUCUGCACUAUCCACAGUUGAUACCAAGCAGCCAAGUCCCACACCUCCCAAUGCUACUUUGCGGGAACCAGCGCUGCCCCCCUUAGAACAUAUUAUAAACGCGCCUCUCAGUCCAACGGACAUCAAGCAGAUGUUAUUUUCCAACAAGGACAAGACAGGGCAAGACGAAAGAAGACGAGCUUCAGCCUCAUCAAAUCCAGGUUUCGAGAAGAAGCAGAGUCGGUAUAAUGCUAUAUCUUUCAAACGAGGUCUGACCCUAGACCAGAAGUACGCCAAUGCCGGGCGUUUCUUUUUCACAGCAAACAAGGACAACAACGAAAAUUCCGGUACAAUACCUGGAAUUCCGACUAUUGGGUUUCCUAGUUGGCGGAGAUCGGGACAUCGAGGCUCUGUCGAUGAGGUCAAUACCUCACGUCAAAUAGGCUCGGAACAACACAUGCAACGAACCGACUCAGCAUCUAGCGAUGAAAGCAGUCUAGAUAGUAGCGAUGAUGACUCUGAAGACGAGACGUCACCUUUCAGGUUAGCAACUCUUAAGCGAAAACGACCGCUUUCUGAGGCGGAGAAAUCAACGACAUCCUCCAUGGAAAAGCUCUCGAUUACGUCCGAGGUGGAGAGCCACGUUUCAAAAGAAGAUACUUCAAUAUUCUUAGGAAACUUCUUUUCUGUUUUCACCGACUGGUCUCUGGUCGGAUACUUCUCGGCCAAACAAAGUCAGGUUUCUCCUGUCACGAGUCGCAAAGAAGAUCAGAUGCAAGUUGCCCAGUUGAUGGUUGAUCAACUUACUCAAUCAUCAUUGUCUCACAAAAUUGAAGGCUGGGAAUCGGAUCCGGAACUCGAAUAUGAGGCCCUUGGCCUACCUACUUUCCUUGACGAUAGUACCAGUUUAGGCGAAAACGAUCGGUUGGAUUUGAAAUCAUACGUUACUAUACAUGAUAUUGCGCAAACUACUACAGAAACGCCAUCCGCUCGCCCAACUCCGCAACGCCGAGAAGUCAAAGGCUCGAUUACAAAAAUCGCACCCUCACACCUGCGUAUCCACCGUGGGCGGGAUUUCUUAGAAGUUUUAUCGACAUCAAUGCCAUUCUGGGAAACCUUUGGAUUGGAGCCUGCAAGCGGGCGGAAAGAUGUCUCUGCGUACUGUAUCUGUCCCGAGUUUGCCAAAGAAGAAGCGGAUGCGUUCAUGACUCGCUUAGGACUGCUUUAUUCUGGCUGCAAUCUUGGCAAACAUGUUAAAGGUGACAUGUUUGAAACAAUUGAUGAAGGUAUAGGGUUAUGGAAUAUUGCAAAGGGUGAUAGCUCUUAUGCGCGAACAAUGCAGGCACUGCGUGGCCUCUGCGAAGAUUUAGCGUCUGCAUUAUCGAAAGCGCCUCAAACAGGAGAGAAUUUUGUCAUCUAUAUAAUCAACCCGUUCUCCCAUGGAGCAGCAUUUGUGGAUAUAUGCUCAAGCUUCCUCCAUCUCUUUCAUAAAUACGUUGGUGAUGUUGACAAAAAUCAAGACAAGAGUCAGCUAAACGAACUCGUCUUGCAAAUUGUGCCCUUGGAUUUCGUAUUUUCGCCCACGUCCAUGGUUGUUCCUCCUCAAUCACAAUAUUUGAAUCUGGCACUUGAAGUCUACACUCGAUGUCCUCCAAAGGAUUCCAGUCAUGGCAUUAUAGGCUACGCGCCGCCAGUAGUGCUAGCAGAUGCUGUACCUAAGGCGAUCAAUUUCAGAGUCACAUCGGAACACUUUUCGCCUUUUCAAGAAGGACGCUGUCUACAUGUUGCCAUCUCACGCAGUGUUGAUCAGCGUUGGAUCAGCGUUGCAUGGACUAACAAUUCAGGGUCAUGUCAGAUUAGCAUGUCAUAUUGUGUGCGAGCUCGAGGAUCGAAUGUCAAUCGCAUCAUCUCGGAAGUCCGUCAGGAGAUUUGGGAAGCUACCAAAGAUCUAAUGGAGCGAACGCAAACUAGAUGGAAGGUGCUGUUGGUCAGGACGGAGCCUAUCGAUCAGGAAGAGAUUGAUGCAUGGACCGGUUUCGCUGAACGAUAUAAUCAAGCCAAGGCUCUGCCUGUUGAGCUUAUUAUUUUCAGCGCCAAUAUCGCGCCUGGACUCCGUCUGGAACCUUCGACGACACACUUCUCAGUUAACACAAUUAAUCCUUUGACAUCGACACCGGUGGCAACACCAUACGGCGGAGUCCCAUCACCAGAUCAGCUUGGGGCUGCAACUCCUGCCAGUGGCGGUCAAGGACCAACCACCACGAAUUAUAACACCGCAAUGACACCAACAGAUACACCACCUGUACUUGCUGAAGCAGACUCCGACGCCGUUCUCAUCGAUGCAUGCGAAGAAUCAUGGGCAGUCAUUCUAUCCCAUCGACUCAAUAACUCGGCAUAUCUGACAGACUACAAACCAGCGCUAGUUAGCGGUUAUCUACUUCGACGAAAAGGCGUCAAUGACAGCCAGGGUGUUACAGCCAUGUCCUUGAACCUCGUAUAUACAUCACGACCCCCAGCCCUUCAUGAAGCUGUGCUCAGGGAAGCGCUAAUCAACUACCGUGACUUAUCGACGUUGGCUCGUGCCAAGGGCACGUUGCAUGUACAGCAUAACACUUUACCAUGGCAUAUUGCCACGGCUGUGAAGGGACAGGAGUUAUUGAGUUUUGUUUUAUAG